CAACAGAAGAAUAGGAUAUGAUGGAGAGAGACACCAGACAAGACACAGAGACAGCAACAGAAGAAUAGGAUGUGAUGGAGAGAGACACCAGACAAGACACAGAGACAGCAACAGAAGAAUAGGAUAUGAUGGAGAGAGACACCAGACAAGACACAGAGACAGCAACAGAGGAAUAGGAUAUGAUGGAGAGAGACACCAGACAAGACACAGAGACAGCAACAGACUAUGAUAUGAUGGAGAGUGACACCAGACAAGACACAGAGACAGCAACAGAGGAAUAGGAUGUGAUGGAGAGAGACAGAAGAAUAGAGUUCCAGACAGUUGUAGAAUGUAUGCCAAUACACAUUGUAAGAGCUAUAAAGAGAGAGGGAGGGAGAGAGAACAGGCAGAACCUGAUAUGUAAAUGAGCAGAGCAAAUGAAAGUAACUUUUGACGACCUGAUGAUCAUUCAGACUCUGUUUCUAUUGAGAGAUAAAAGGCUGGUUGAAUGAGUUGCCUAUGAAAGCUACUUCAUCUGUAAGAAAACAGGCGGCUGCACCAGUGACUGGGUCAGUGCUCUAAAAUGAGUCUCUCUGGGGAGAGAGAAGGGGACCCUGCCACUAAAAUGAGUCUCUCUGGGGAACAUGACACCAAAGCUAAGAGUCCAAUCAAGCAGGAGAGACCAGCCUCCCCUGUUCCCAGCUGUGUGUCCAUGAAGAGUGACAAGUCUAUGGAACUACCUAUAAUGUUUAGAGAGGGAGACUUUAUUACUGAACAAAGUCCAAUCAAGCAGGAGAGACCAGCCUCCCCUGUUCCCAGCUCUGUGUCCAUGAAGAGUGACAAGUCUAUGGAACUACCUAUAAUGUUUAGAGAGAGAGACUUUAUUACUGAACAAAGUCCAAUCAAGCAGGAGAGACCAGCCUCCCCUGUUCCCAGCUGUGUGUCCAUGAAGAGUGACCAGUCUAUGGUUCAUCCUUUACAGUUUAGAAAGGGAGACUUUUCUACUGAACAAAGAAACCAACAGGAGAGAUCAGAGUCAGAGAUUCUCAGUGGUCAGUCUUCCCAGAGUCAUCAAACAGACCUGGCCUCCAUAUUCAGUAUGCUUGAAGAGAAAAUUAUGACAUUUGUGAAGAACGAGCUGAAGAUGUUCAAGAGGAUUCUUAGUCCAGAACUCCCAGAAGGCUUUGAGAGUCAGAAGCAGGAUAAGGAAGUGGUGGACCCUGAAGAUGAGAAGCAGGAGAGCAGUGCCAGAGAGGGGGCUCUGAAGAUCACACUGCACAUCCUGAGGAAAAUGAACCAGAAGGAGCUUGCUGACACACUGGAGAAAUGUAAGAUCUAUGAGCUUGCUGUGAUUUGCCAACGUGAACUCAAAUCUAAUCUAAAGAAGAAGUUUCAAUGUGUAUUUGAGGGGAUCGCUAAACAAGGAAACCCAACACUUCUCAAUAAGAUCUACACAGAGCUCUACAUCACAGAGGGUGGAACAGGAGAGGUCAAUAAUGAACAUGAGCUGAGACAGAUUGAGACAACAACCAGGAAACAAGCAAGACCAGAGACUGCAAUCAAAUGUAAUGACAUCUUCAAACCCUUAACUGGACAAGACAAACGUAUCAGAACUGUGCUGACAAAGGGAGUCGCUGGCAUUGGAAAAACAGUCUCUGUGCAGAAGUUCAUUCUGGACUGGGCUGAAGGAAAAGCAAAUCAGGAUGUCCAAUUUGUAUUUUCAUUCCCUUUCCGGGAGCUGAAUUUGAUGAAAGGGGACAAACACACUUUCAUUGAACUUCUUAAUCACUUCUCAAUGGAAACCAAACAAUCAGGAAUCUCCAUCUACAACAAGUACAAAGUUCUGUUCAUAUUUGACGGUCUGGAUGAGUGCCGACUGCCCCUAGACUUCCAGAAGAACAAGAUCUGUUGGGACGUCACAGAGUCAACCUCAGUGGAUGUUCUGCUGACAAAUCUCAUCAAGGGAAAUCUGCUUCCCUCUGCUCUCCUCUGGAUAACUACCCGACCUGCAGCAGCCAAUAAGAUCCCUUCAGGGUGUGUUGACCAGGUGACAGAGGUACGAGGGUUCAAUGACCCACAGAAGGAGGACUACUUCAGGAAGAGAUUCAGUGAUGAGGACCUGGCCAGCAGAAUCAUCUCACACAUAAAGACAUCAAGGAGCCUCCACAUCAUGUGCCACAUUCCAGUCUUCUGUUGGAUUUCUGCAACAGUCCUUGAACACAUGCUGAAACAUAAGAGAGAAGAGAUGCCCAAGACUCUGACUGAGAUGUACACACACCUUGUGGUGUUUCAUACCAAACAGAAGAAUGCAAAGUAUCUUGUGAAAGAAGAGACAGGUCCACACUGGAAUAAAGAGAGCAUUCUGUCACUGGGAAAACUGGCUUUUCAACAGCUUGUGAAUGGCAAUCUGAUUUUCUAUGAAGAAGACCUGAAGGAGGCUGGCAUUGAUGUCAGUGAAGCCUCAGUGUACUCAGGACUGUGCACACAGCUCUUUAAAGAGGAAUGUGGGCUGUACCAGGACAAGGUGUACUGCUUUGUUCAUCUGAGCAUUCAGGAGUUUCUGGCUGCUGUAUAUGUGUUCCUCUCAUUCAUCAACAACAAUAAGAAUCUAAUGGACAAACCGCAAACAAAGUCCAGUGUCUUUUCUUCGCUGUUCAGAGACAAGCCUAAAGUUACUGAAGUUACUUUCUACAAGAGUGCUGUGGAUAAAGCCUUACAAAGUGAGACGGGAAACCUGGACCUUUUCCUCCGCUUCCUUCUGGGCCUCUCACUGGAGUCCAAUCAGAAGCACUUACGAGGUCUACUGACAAAGACAAGAAGCAGCUCACAGAGCCAUGAAGAAACAGUCAAGUACAUCAAGGAGAAGAUCAGGGAGAAUCCCUCUCCAGAGAGGAGCAUCAAUCUGUUCCACUGUCUGAAUGAACUGAAUGACCAUUCUCUAGUGAAGGAGAUCCAAAGCUUCCUGAGAUCUGGAAGUCUCUCAAAACCCAGCCUGUCACCUGCACAGUGGUCAGCUCUGGUCUUUGUGUUGCUGACUUCAGAAAAGGAGCUGGAUGUGUUUGACCUGAAGAAAUACUCCAGAUCAGAGGAAGGUCUUCUGAGGCUGCUGCCAGUGGUCAAAGCCUCCAGAGCUGUUCUGCUGUCAGGCUGUGGAGUCACAGAGGAAGGCUGUGCUUCUCUGGUCUCAGCUCUGGAGUCAAACCCCUCACACCUGAGAGAGCUGGAUCUGAGUAACAAUGACCUGAAGGAUUCAGGAGUGAAGCUGCUCUCUGCUGGACUGGGGAAUCCCCACUGUAAACUGGAGACUCUGAGGCUGUCAGGCUGUCUAGUCACAGAGGAAGGCUGUGCUUCUCUGGUCUCAGCUCUGGAGUCAAACCCCUCACACCUGAGAGAGCUGGACCUGAGUAACAAUGACCUGAAGGAUUCAGGAGUGAAGCUGCUCUCUGCUGGACUGGGGAAUCCCCACUGUAAACUGGAGACUCUGAGGCUGUCAGGCUGUCUAGUCACAGAGGAAGGCUGUGCUUCUCUGGUCUCAGCUCUGAGGUCAAACCCCUCACACCUGAGAGAGCUGGACCUGAGCUACAAUCACCCAGGAGACUCAGGAGUCAGACUGCUCUCUGCUGGACUGGAGGAUCCACACUGCAGACUGGAGAAACUCAAUGUGGAACAUGGUGGAGAGAACAGAAUGAAACCUGGGAUUAGAAAAUAUGUCUGUGAUCUCACACUGGACCUAAACACAGUAAACCGAUGCCUCUCUCUGGCUGAGGAGAACAGAAAGGUACAUGGAGGAGAGAGGCAGCCGUAUCCUGAUCUCCCAGAGAGAUUUGAGUACUAUGAACAGGUGCUGUGUAGAGAGGGUCUGACUGGGCGCUGUUACUGGGAGGUAGAGUGGAAUGGGGGAGGGGCUGAUAUAGGAGUGACAUAUAAAGGAAUCAACAGGAGAGGAGGGGGUGAGGACUGCUGUUUUGGAUUCAAUGACAAGUCCUGGAGUCUGGAUCUGCCUGACAUCAGUUACACUGCCUGUCACAAUAAUAAUGUCACUACCAUAGACGUCCUCUCCUCCAGUUCCCACAGAGUAGGAGUGUAUCUGGACUGGCCAGCCGGCACUCUGUCCUUCUAUAGCUCUCCUCUGACACUGACCCACCUGAUCACAUUCACCUCCACAUUCACUGAGCCCCUCUAUCCAGGGUUUAGGUUUAUCAUGAAGAGUCCUCAGUGUCCCUGA